AUGCCCCAUUAUAGGGCCAAUGGCUUUUGCCUUUGGAUUAUAGCCAGAGACGCCAAGCCUGAGAUUUCAGCCUUUCAACUGCAACAGUUUGAUCAAAUAGGAAUGCCAAAAGAGACCACCUGUGACCAAAAACAGACAGCUGUAUUUUGUAAUCAUUACGAUAUGAUCCUAGAGUUCAACAUUGAUACUUCUGAAUGCUGUGUUCUUGGAGCUUCUAGACUUCUAAGGGAUGAGAACUUGGCCAUCUCUUACCUGAGGAGCCUGCCUGCAGAGCUCUUCCCAUGUCUCUUUCUGGAAGCUUACACUCACAAAUGCUGGAAGACCAUGAAGGCUCUUGUCCAGAGCUGGCCCUUUGACAGACUGCCUCUGGAGCCUCUGGUUUACGACCUAUUUCCUGAUAAUGAAAGUUUGAAAUCUGUCCUGGAUGGAAUUGAUGUCCUGCUUCAGCAGGAAGUUCUUCCUAGGAUGAAAAACCUCAGUAGACUCUGUCUGGAGAUCAUCAUACUUGAGGGAGUCCCAUCAAACGAGUUGGAGAACCAGAAUCAUCUCAUCUCUGAAUUCACAUCAAAGAUCCUCCAGCUACUUCGUCUUCAAGAGCUGUACUUGGAAUCUGUCUCCUUCCUCCAGGGCCAUCUGGACCAGCUGCUCAGGAGUCUUCAAACCCAGCUGGAGGUCUUCUCACUCAUUGACUGCACAGUAACCGAAGGAGACUUGGCUCACCUGUUCCAGAGCCCACACAUCCGGCAGCUGAAGGAACUGUGUCUGAGAGGCAUCCCCCUGACCUCUGUCAGUGAGCCCCUGGGAGCUCUGCUGGAGGUAAAUGCAGCCACCCUGCAGGACCUGGACCUGAGUCUGUGUGGCCUCCAGGACCCCCAGCUUGAGGCCCUGCUCCCUGCCCUGAGCAUCUGCUCCCAGCUCAGGUCUCUCAACCUGCAUGGGAACCGCCUGUCCAUGGCCAUCCUGGAGAAGCUGCUGCACUGCACCACGGGGCUGCAGCAUUUGUGUCUCCAGCUGUUUCCUGCCCCUCUGGAGAGUUCAAACCCCCAGGGAGUUCCACAGUCUUGGGUAUUAGACUUGCUUUGUACUCAGAUCUCAAACAUUCUCCAGCAUCUUGGAUACUCCAGGUCCAUCAUGAUGAGCAGUUGUCAUUGCUCACACUGUGCUAGGAAGGAGUUCAGAAACUGGGAGCCCACAUUUAUUCCCUGCUCACAUCUGUAUGAAACUCAUUAUGGAGAACUUAAAGCCAUCAUUAUACCUUUCAGAAUCAUUAGAAGUGGCAUCUAG